CCCCUUACAAUUUUAUAGUUAACCCAAGCCACUUCCAACUUCCACUUCUACUUCCCAAAACACAAACCAAAACAAAAAAAAAAAAAAAGUUGUUCCAUCACCACCAAAAUUCACCAAUGGAGCCACCAACUUGGGCCGCCUACGCGGCUGCAUGGCUAGCGGCAAUAGCCUUACUACUCCUUACCAACCACCUCUGCCGCCGUAAACUCAACCUACCACCAGGGCCAAAACCAUGGCCCAUCAUUGGGAACUUCAAUCUUAUUGGGUCGCUCCCCCACCGCUCUCUCCAUGAACUCUCUAAGAAAUAUGGGCCUCUAAUGAUGCUCAAAUUCGGGUCAGUCCCUGUAUUAGUGGGCUCAUCAGUGAAAAUGGCAAAACUCUUCCUUAAAACUCACGAUGUAGUCUUUGCCGGGAGGCCUAAAACCUCCGCAGGAAAGUACACAACAUAUAACUACUCUGAUAUUACAUGGUCUCAGUACGGUCCAUAUUGGCGCCAAGCGCGAAAAAUGUGUUUAAUGGAGCUUUUUAGCGUAAAGAGGCUCGAAUCAUACGAGUACAUACGUAUAGAAGAGCUUAAUUCUGUAUUAAAAGGCUUAUUUAACACUAAUGGUGAACCCAUUAUGUUAAAAGAUCACCUCUCAACAUUGAGCCUAAAUGUGAUUAGUAGGAUGGUGUUAGGGAAAAGGUACUUAGACAAAAAUGAAGAGAAAUCGAUAAUUACACCGGAUGAGUUCAAGCUUAUGCUCGACGAAUUGUUCUUGCUUAAUGGGGUGUUUAAUCUCGGGGAUUGGAUCCCUUGUUUAAAGUACAUUGAUGUUCAUGGUUACGUGAAGCGAAUGAAGGUUUUGGCUAAGAAGUUUGAUAGGUUUAUGGAGCAUGUUUUGGAUGAACAUAAUGCUAGAAGGGAAAAGGAGAAAGGAGAUUGGGUGGCUAAAGAUAUGGUGGAUGUGUUAUUACAACUUGCUGAUGAUCCUAAUCUUGAAGUUAAACUUGAGAGAAUUGGAGUCAAGGCAUUUAGUCAGGAUUUGAUUGCUGGAGGUACAGAGAGUUCAGCAGUAACAGUAGAAUGGGCAAUAUCAGAACUCGUAAAAAAGCCAGAAAUCAUUACAAAGGCAACCGAAGAGCUAGACCGUGUAAUAGGAAAAGAUCGAUGGGUACAAGAAAACGACAUACGAAACCUACCUUACAUUCGAGCAAUAGCAAAAGAAACAAUGAGGUUACACCCAGUUGCACCAAUGCUCGUACCUCGAAUGUCGAGGGAACACGUCAAUAUCGAUGGAUAUGAUAUCCCAAAGGGUACUUUAGUACUUGUGAAUACAUUCACUAUACAAAGAGACCCUAAUGUGUAUGAAAAGUCAGAGGAGUUUUGUCCUGAGAGGUUUAUUGAGAAGAAUUUUAUUGAUGUGAAAGGUCAUGAUUUUGAAUUGUUACCAUUCGGGUCGGGUAGAAGGAUGUGUCCUGGGUAUAGUCUUGGUCUUAAAGUUAUUGAGUCAAGUUUGGCUAAUCUUCUUCAUGGGUUUGAAUGGAAAUUGCCUGAUAAUAUGAAGGUUGAAGAUUUGGAUAUGGACGAGAUUUUUGGUCUCUCCAACCCUAAGAAGAAUCCUCUUAUUGCUUGUGCUGUGCCUAGACUUCCUAAACAUUUGUACAAUAUGUGAUCAUUAUGAUUAUAUUGGAGGUAGUUAAACUAGGAUUAUGAUGUUCUUGUUGACUUAAUUAUGUCUAAUUACAUGCUUUGUGUUCCUUAUUGUAAGAGACUACCUAUCAAUAAAUAAAGAAAUUUCGUUAGAUAUCUUAUAUAU